GCCGCGUGGCGGGCGGGCGGGCGCUGCCGACUCACGGCGAUGGCGGCGGCCGGGCUGGUGCUGAACGGCGCCGAGGCGGCGGGGCGCGCGGCGGCCGGCAUGUACGAGCAGCUCAAGGGCGAGUGGAACCGCAAGAGCCCCAACCUCAGCAAGUGCGGCGAGGCGCUCGGCCGCCUCAAGCUGGCCCUGCUGGAGCUGAACUUCCUGCCCACCACGGGCACCAAGCUGACCAAGCAGCAGCUCGUCCUGGCCCGAGACAUCCUGGAGAUCGGCGCCCAGUGGAGCAUCCUGAAGAAGGACAUCCCCUCCUUCGAGCGCUACAUGGCCCAGCUGAAAUGCUACUACUUCGACUACAAGGACGAGCUGCCCGACUCGGCCUACAAACACCAGCUGCUGGGCCUCAACCUGCUCUUCCUGCUCUCCCAGAACCGCGUGGCCGAGUUCCACACCGAGCUCGAGCGCCUGCCGGCCAAGGAGAUCCAGACCAACGUGUACAUCAAGCACCCCGUCUCCCUGGAGCAGUACCUGAUGGAGGGCAGCUACAACAAGGUGUUCCUGGCCAAAGGCAACAUCCCUGCCGAGAGCUACACCUUCUUCAUCGACAUCCUGCUGGACACCAUCCGGGACGAGAUCGCGGGCUGCAUCGAGAAGGCGUACGAGAAGAUCCUCUUUAACGAAGCCACCAGGAUCCUCUUCUUCAACACCCCCAAGAAGAUGACAGAAUACGCCAAGAAGCGCGGCUGGAUUUUGGGCCCCAGCAACUACUACAGCUUCAGCAGUCAGCAGCAGAAGCCCGAGGACACCACCAUCCCCUCCACGGAGCUGGCCAAGCAGGUCAUCGAGUACGCCAGGCAGCUGGAGAUGAUCGUCUAGUGCCCCCGCCGGCCUCCCCCUCCCCCCGGACUCUGUCUGCUUCCCUCUUCUCUUAGCAUCUCCUCCUCCCCGUCCCACCGAUCCAUGGGCCUUCGUUUGGGGUUUUGUUUUUUUAAUUAUUUAAACAUGGGGCUGGGGCCUUGCAAUACAGGCGCCGGCUUCCUCCCACUCCCUGCUGCGGGGGGCUGUGACUAGCUGCUGGUCCCCAAGCAGCAGGGGCAGGUGUGGGGCAAUGCCUCCUGGAGCAGCCUCUGGGCUCAGGCUGCUGUUCCCAGCCCCUGGCGUGGAGCUGAGCGGCGGUCACAGCCCGGAGGGCCCCCGUGGCCGCUGGCAGCUUCCAGAGCAGGGACCAGGCCGCUCUUGGGUUCGAUUAAAUGGUGGUUUCUUGUAUGAA